CCGAUAGCCAAUUAAACGAAGUGCAAAACUUGAAGUGCCUCAGUUGCUAAGCAAGCAUCUAAUACUCUAGUCCUUGCCUUUGUUUGUCUACUUGUAAAAUCCAUUUAUAGAAAAUAUUUCAUUCUAAAUUAGAACUUCAACAACAAACACGUAUCUCCCCGCGGCAUGCAACACUUUCUUUCACUCUAGCCAAAAGCUAUAUAUGCAUGGCAAACCUUUGUAGUCUCUAUCACCCUUCGCUUUCACUUUUCUAUAGCUCUCUCAAAGUUUUGCCUCUUUUUUUGCAACAGUUUCUGAAUAUAAUUCUUAAUAAAAACACCAUUCCUCGUAUUCAUUUCGUCUUGAGAGUUGUGACCUGUCAACAAAUUUCGUCAUGUCUCUGUUUAAGAAGUGCCUUCACUGUUUCCAGAAAUCUCGUACUCCCUCAAGAACUGAGAGUCACUUCAAAGGGCAACCUCGUCUCCCCAAAUUCGCUGUCCCCAAACGCUAUGAUAUUCACCUGACACCCGACGUCGCAGCCUGCAAAUUUGUUGGUUCUGUCUCUAUCGACCUUGACAUCGUUGCUGAUACUCGUUUCCUUGUCCUAAAUGCUGCUGAGCUCUCCAUUAACCCUGGUUCCGUCUCCUUCUCCAAUCUAACCUCUUCUAAGGUAUUUAAGGCGUCAAAAGUAGGGAUGGUUGAAGCGGACGAGAUUUUGGUUUUGGAUUUUGCUGAGACACUUCCGAAGGGGAUGGGAGUUUUGGCAAUUGGGUUUAAUGGAAUCUUAAAUGACAAAAUGAAGGGAUUCUAUCGAAGUACUUAUGAGCAUAAUGGCGAGAAGAAGAAUAUGGCAGUUACACAGUUUGAGCCAGUUUAUGCUAGGCAAUGCUUUCCAUGUUGGGAUGAAGCUGCUUUCAAGGCUAAGUUCAAGAUGACAUUAUUGGAUGUUCCAUCUGAACUAGUGGCCCUCUCAAACAUGCCAGUCAUUGAGGAGAAACUGCAUGGGCAUCUGAAGACAGUUUACUAUCAACAAUCACCAGUCAUGUCUACAUAUCUGGUGGCAGCCGUUAUUGGUUUGUUUGAUUACAUUGAGGCUCAUACAUCGGAUGGUAUUAAUCAUUGCUUGCUUAUGACAGUGCAGCCCUGUUUCUUGCUAUCGUUCACUUACCUAUAUCUCUGCACAGGGAUCAAAGUUCGAGUAUAUUGUCAAGUUGGGAAGGCAAAUCAAGGGAAAUUUGCUUUGGGUGUUGCUGUGCAGACGCUUGGGUUUUACAAAGAUUAUUUGGAUAUUCCAUACCCUCUUCCCAAAUUGGAUAUGGUUGCAAUCCCAGAUUUUGCUGCUGGGGCAAUGGAGAACUAUGGCCUAGUUACAUAUCGUGAAACAGCUUUGCUCUACGAUGAUCAGCAUUCUGCGGCUGCCAACAAGCAGAGGGUAGCAACAGUGGUGGCUCAUGAGUUGGCACACCAGUGGUUUGGAAAUCUUGUAACUAUGGAGUGGUGGACAGACCUUUGGCUCAAUGAGGGUUUUGCAACCUGGAUGAGCUACUUGGCAAAAGAUAAGUUGUUUCCAGAAUGGAAAAUAUGGACACAAUUUUUUGAUCAGGAAUCUAGUGAAGGUCUUAGGCUGGAUGGGCUUGCAGAAUCCCACCCAAUCGAGGUGGAGGUAAAUCAUGCCUCUGAAAUUGAUGAAAUAUUCGAUAUGAUAAGCUACAAAAAAGGUGCAUCAAUUAUCCGGAUGCUACGAGACUAUUUAGGAGGUCAAAACUUUCAGAAAUCACUUGCUACAUAUAUAAAAAGACAUGAAUUGUCAAAUGCAAGGACAGAAGACCUUAGGGCUGCACUUCAGGAGGGAUGUGGUGUACCUGUGAACAAGAUAAUGAAUUCAUGGACAAAGCAGAAGGGGUAUCCAGUUGUCUCCGUCAAAAUGAAAAAACAGACAUUGGAAAUUGAGCAGUCACAAUUCUUAUAUAGCGGUUCCCGUGGGGAUGGGCACUGGAUUAUCCCAAUGACAUUUUGCUGCGGUGAAUAUACCAGCCGGAAAAGCUUCUUGUUGGAAAAAAAGUCUGAAACUCAUAAUAUAAAGGAUUUCUUGUCCGACACCAAUAAAAGUAGUGAUCCAGCACAUUCUUGGAUAAAGCUUAAUGUGGAGCAGAUUGGUUUCUUCAGGGUAAAGUAUGAUGAGGGCCUUGCAGCUAAACUUCGAUAUGCAAUAGAAAACAAAAACUUGUCCGUAACAGACAGACUUGGCAUUCUGGAUGAUUCGUUUGCGAUUUGCAUGGCACGUCAGAUGUCCUUGACCUCCUUGCUUACCUUCAUGGAUGCCUACAGGGAGGAACUUGAGCAUACUGUGCUGUCUAACUUGAUUAAGAUAACUGAUAAAGUUGGAAGGGUUGUCGCAGAUGCAAGACCUGAACUAAUGAAUUACAUCAAGCAAUUUUUUAUUGGCCUUUUCCUGUAUUCCGCUGAGAAGCUUGGUUGGGACCCUAAACAAGGUGAAAGUCAUCUGGACGCUAUGUCGAGAGGAGAUAUUUUCACUGCCCUUGCCAUGCUUGGGCAUAAGGAGACACUGAAUGAAGCAACUUCGCGAUUUCAUGCCUUCUUGGACAAUAGAAACACACCACUCCUGCAUCCUGACAUAAGAAAGGCAGCAUACGUAGCUGUAAUGCAGAAAGUCAGCUCCUCCAACAAAGCAGGUUAUGAAUCUCUUUUGAGAGUUUAUAGAGAGGCUGAUCUAAGCCAGGAGAAAACUCGCGUCUUAGGUUCAUUGACAUCUAGCCCUGAUCAGGGUAUAAUUCUCGAAGCUCUAAACUUUGCCUUAUCUUCUGAGGUUCGCAGCCAAGAUGCUGUUUUUGGACUUGCUGUUAGCAAGGAAGGACGUGAAGUUGCUUGGAAAUGGCUCAAGGAUAACUGGGAUCGCAUCUGGGCAACCUAUGGUAAUGGACAUCUAUUAACUCGUUUUGUCAGUUCAGUUGUUUCGCCGUUUGCUUCGACUGAGAAAGUGAAGGAAGUAAAGCAGUUCUUUGCAAAUCGAACAAAGCCUUCAAUGAAUAGAACCCUGAAGCAGAGCAUUGAACAAGUCCGGAUCAAUGCCAAGUGGGUUCAAAACAUUGGGAAGGAGAAAGAUCUGGCGGAGACCGUGAAGAAGUUGGCAAUCCGGAAAAACUAGGAUAAUCUUUUAUAUUUUACUCUUUAAAUUUAUUAUUACCAUUCUUUUGCUUUUCUUUCCUUCUCCACAGGAAAGCUGUUGGAGUGAAUUUUAGAAUUCUCAUGACUUGUGUGUACCAGACUCAUAUCAAUCAAUAAUGGAAGUGGCAUCGACAAUUUGCAUUUCAAGUUAAAAUGGGAUGAAAAACACUCAAACCAGUGUCCAUUUGGAGAAUAAUGGAGAAUGAAAAACAUUCAAGUAAAAAAGUAGGCCAACGUUAUAAACAUUCACACCCAAAUUUCCACACCUAUCAGGCACUGUGAGAAAGGAAGCACUUUACAUGGCCAAAAAUGAUCACUUCCAAAACCAUAAGCAUUGGCCGGCUUAUCGUGCUACAAACUAGAAACGUCUCGUCAGUAGUGUUACCUUCCAAAUUUGCCGACUCUUAUAAGCACCAACGCACUAUGCGGUUGAAAUAAUAUAAAACAAAUACCUCUCAGAGUGAAUUUUAACUCGGAGGCACAAUGAAUACAAUUUCCCACAAUGUCAAAAGCAUGGAACUGACAUAAUC